UUAAACAGCUCAUUUGUGACUGGAACGGCCUGCUGUGGACACACCUCACCUCUGAGAAUCUGGGACCUUGAGAGUGGUCAGCUGUUGACCUGUUUAGGGACUGACUUCCACCAUGGCGCUGGAGUCCUUGAUGUCUUCUACGAAACACCCUCCCUUCUCCUUUCUUGUGGGUAUGACACCUACAUCCGCUACUGGGACAUACGGACCAGCACCAGGAAGUGCGUCCAGGAGUGGGAAGAGCCCCAUGACAGCGCCCUGUACUGCCUAAGGAGUGAUAAGAACCACAUGAUUGCCAGCGGCUCUUCUCACUACGGCGUGGUGCGCCUCUGGGAUAAGCGGCAGACUCGGUGCCUGCAGAGCUUUCACCUGUCUUCACCCACCAGCAGCCCCGUGUACUGCCUCCGUUUCAGUACCACCCAUCUGUACGCUGCCCUGGCAUCAGCCCUGCACGUCCUAGACUUCACGGCCCCGUGAAGGCCACCACAGCCACUUCUGGUCACCCCAACUCAGCAGAGUUGACACUUGGCUCAGGGAAUUGCAGGGUGGAAGAGGUGAAAACAGGCCCCAGGGCUUCUGAAGGGAUUUUUUUUUACCUGCCAGAAAGCUACAAUGAAGAGUGCACAAAGGGCCAGACUUUCUCAACCUCACCUGCCUGUUAGUGGAAAUAAAGGCCGAUUGUCCUUUACCCUUUUUAUUUUGUGCAAGUCAGGGUUUGUUUUAACUGUGUUCUUUUUUCUUUUUUUUUUCUUUUUCUUUUUUCUGUGGAGAUGGCAUUUGAGGGGCAAGUUGAGCCGGCAUGCCCUACCAGCUGUGUGCGCUGGUCAG